AUGAGGAAGGAUCUCCGAAGGAGUGAUACAGAUGUGAGGAAGGAUCUCAGAGAAGGUGUGAGGAAGGAUCUCGGAAGGUGUGAGGAAGGAGUGAUACAGAUAUGUGAGGAAGGAUCCCAGAGGAGUGAUACAGAUACGAGGAAGGAUCUCGGAGAAGGUGUGAGGAAGGAUCUCGGAGAAGGAGUGAUACAGAGUGGAAAUUGGAGUGAUUUAAACGUUAAAGAAGAGUGCAAAGAAUAUGAUGAGGAGUAUGGAGUGAUGGAGGAGUCAGAGUGUCCAAAAGGACACAAAGAUCUAUACCAGGAGAACAUGGAAGAGUCGUCCAGCUACAGGAACCCAUCAGAGAGAUGUCCCCGUCCUCGGUAUUCCGGGGAUUCCACCCAAGAAGAUCUCACCAUCCCCCACCAGGAUCAGAGUGGAGACCUCGGGGGUCAUAAUAUUGAUGUUAAAGAAGAGUAUAAAGAGGAGGAUGAGAAGUACGGGGUGAUGGAGGAACUUUCUGAUGAACACAAGAAUGUGAUGGAGCCACCUAGUAAGAGGAAGCCACCAGAGAGAUGUCCCCGCCCUCUGUAUUACCGGGAUUCCACACAGGAAGAUCUCAUCGUCCCCCACCAUGAUCAGGGUGAAGAGCUGAAAAACAUCACAGCUGAGGUGAAAAAGGAGGAAGAUGAGACAUUGGGUGAAGGACUUACUGAAAAAAAAGAAGAAGAGACGCGUGUGAGGGGCGAUCGGAGGUCCACGGAGGAGGUUGGGAUGAAAGUGACGGGUUACAAGAAGAGAUCUUCUCUAGUUAUCAGUACCGCCCGUGGACGUGACGUUCCGAAUACCAGAAGCAGACGUCGUACUUCAUAUCCAGACACAGAAAAUAAAGGCACACCCCGAUGUUCUCCCAGAGUUGACUCCUCCACCCAACCUUUGCGUCCCGCUGUUCCCAAGAAAUUUUCCAUUGAUAACCGGAAGAGUGUUAAACACAAAACCAACAAGGUAUUUCCAUGCCCUGAAUGCGGUAAAACCUUUACAAAGGAAUCUUAUUUUGCUAUGCAUUCGAGGACUCAUACUGGAAAGCGCCCAUUUGUAUGUGUGAAGUGCGGGAAAGGCUUUGCGCACAAAUCGAGCCUUUUCAGACAUCAAAGACAUCACAGCGAGGAGAGGCCCCAUCCAUGUUCACAUUGCGGGAAAGGUUUUAAAGAGAAAUCGGCCCUCAUGCAACAUCUAAGAAGUCACACCGGUGAGAAGCCCUUUCCGUGCCCUCAGUGCGGUCAAUGUUUUAGCCAGAACGAACAUCUGCAGAGGCAUCUGAGAGCUCACACCGGCGAGACCCCUUUUGCAUGCAAGCAGUGCGGAAAGUGUUUUACACGGAAAGAUAUGCUCGCCCUGCACGAGCAAAGGCAUGUGGAUGAGCGCCCGUUUUCCUGUCUACAGUGCGGGAAUCGUUUCACAAGUCCAUUUAGUCUGGUCCGACAUGGGAAAAUCCACACCAAGAAGCGCUCGUCAACACAUUCAGUUAUCCACACCAUCCGUAGGAUACGGUUCCAUAACAUGAACCAGGACUUCAGGAGGAACAUCGGGUCUGAAUGUGAGAGUCCACCAUGGUUUGUGGACACCAGCUUAGUAGGAUCUAAUACCAGGUCAACACAUUCAGUUAUCCACACAAUGCGUAGGAUACGGUUCCAUAACAUGAACCAGAACGUCAGGAGGAACAUCGAGUCUGGUGGGUCUAUAUAG